AUGAAGUUUCUCGGUGGCGGUCCUGUAGAAGCCAAACAAGAUUUCCUGGAAGCGGAACCCUACUGGGACCAAUCCUCUGUCCCGGUGAAUGUUUACAAGAACAAGGCUCCGUUUACCGGAAAGGUGGUGUCGACGAAGCGCAUUGUGGGUCCUCUCGCGACCGGCGAAACGUGCCACGUUGUAAUUGAUCACGAAGGAAACUUUCCGUACUGGGAAGGCCAGUCCUGGGGUGUCAUUCCGCCCGGUGUGCGCGAAAAGGAUGGUAAACCCCACUCGGUUCGUCUCUACUCUAUUGCCUCCACGCGAUACGGUGACGACAUGACGGGCAAGACCGGAUCGCUUUGCGUUCGACGUGCAACAUACUGGUGCCCGGAAUUGAAAGCUGAAGACCCGACCAAGAAGGGCGUCUGCUCCAACUUUCUGUGUGACACCCGACCUGGCGAAGAAGUCCAAAUGACGGGCCCUGCCGGGAAGGUGAUGCUCAUGCCAGAAGAGAAUCCUGACACGGACUAUAUUAUGGUUGCCACUGGAACGGGCAUUGCCCCGUACCGUGGUUUUGUCCGCCGUCUCUUCACCGAAAAGACUCCUGCCGCAGAAGCGUAUAAGGGACAGGCCUGGCUAUUUCUGGGUGUAGCCAACAGCGACGCCUUGUUGUACGACGACGAAUGGCAAGAGGUCAAAACGAACAACCCCAAUCAAUUCCGCCUGGACUAUGCACUUUCUCGAGAACAGGAAAACAAAAAGGGCGGAAAAAUGUACAUCCAAGACAAGGUGGAAGAGUACGCGGAUGAGAUCUUUCAGAAAUUGGAUGCUGGUGCGCACAUUUAUUUUUGCGGCCUCAAAGGAAUGAUGCCCGGUAUCCAGGAAAUGUUGCAAACUGUCUGCACCCAAAAGGGUGUCGAAUACGAUGAAUGGCUUAAGGGACUCAAAGCUAAGAAGCAGUGGCAUGUGGAGGUAUAUUAG